UCCAAACUCACUCUUCACCGACACAUAAUCAUACACUUUCCUGUCUACUCAUUCCUUGAUUCAAAGCAAAUUGCUUUUCUUAUUCUGUUUUUCUCUCAUCAAUGAAGUUCGACAAGAAAUAUUCAUCACUGUCUUUGAAGAACAAGUUGAAAUUACUUUGUGCUUCUUGCUGUAGUUUCUCAGAUUCUGAGGAAGAUGAUGAUAAGAUGAAACUAGAACAUUCGGAAAAGAAUCAGAGUUUAUUGUCUUGGCUGAAAUCUGAACUUCCUGAUGUUAAGGAUCUUUGCGCUAAUAUUUUUUCUGGAAAACAUGGAAGAAAUCGUCGAUCUAACUCGGUUGAGUUUAGGUAUGACCCGCUGAGUUACGCUCUUAAUUUUGAAGAUGAUGACUCGCAUCUUGAUGAAUAUCCUAUUCGGAAUUUCUCCUCUAGGCUUCCUCCUUCGCCCGUGAAAGAAUCGAAAAACGGCGUCGUUUCUGAUCGGAGUUGACGAAUUCAAUUGAAUCGUUGUUUUUUGCGAAAAUGUAGAUUUCAUUUGAGAGUUUUUCAUCUCGAUUGAUAUGAAAUAGAUUUUUAGGAAUAUAUAGAAGCAAUGAAACUAUUAAGGUGAACAUUUGUAAAUUAUAUUUGAAGUACUAUUACUAAUGUGUAUAUAAUUUCAAUUGUGCGUAUAUCCAAGCCAAGUUUGGAUUUGAAUUAAGUUUAA